GACUAGCGUUUCAAAAUCCGGCGAUCUUAGGCAGGUGGCGCUCGCGGUGUAAUGGCCUUUUCCUAUUCACGCCCGCACGGACGAAGACGUGAACAUAAACAAUGGAUGACAAGGAAGCUUUCGAAGAUAUGGUGGUGGCCACCACAAAUACAUUGCCGGUAGCCAUGCCGGCUGAAUUGCCAGAGAUUAAAUUGUUCGGUCGUUGGAACUGCGACGACGUACAGGUGAACGAUAUGUCUCUGCAGGAUUACAUCGCAGUUAAGGAGAAAAACGCGAAGUACCUUCCACAUUCGGCAGGGCGUUACGCGGCGAAGCGCUUCAGGAAAGCUCAGUGCCCUAUUGUGGAGCGUCUUACAAACUCGCUUAUGAUGCACGGCAGAAAUAAUGGAAAAAAAUUAAUGGCUGUGCGAAUCGUGAAACACGCCUUCGAAAUCAUUCACCUUCUCACUGGCGAGAACCCUCUGCAGGUUCUUGUCACAGCCAUCAUCAACUCUGGACCGAGAGAAGAUUCCACGCGUAUUGGUCGCGCUGGUACGGUGAGGCGACAGGCCGUGGACGUUUCCCCGUUACGACGUGUUAAUCAAGCCAUCUGGUUGUUGUGCACUGGCGCGCGGGAGGCCGCAUUCCGCAAUAUUAAAACGAUCGGCGAGUGUUUAGCCGACGAACUCAUUAACGCCGCUAAGGGUUCGUCGAAUUCGUACGCGAUCAAGAAGAAGGACGAAUUGGAGCGCGUCGCCAAAUCUAAUCGAUAAAUAUUUCUACAUGCGGAAAAAAUAAAUAAAAACGUUCUAUCUUUAAA